UUUCCUUUCCAGUAGCUGGUGUCCUGGCGCUCGCUGGCGGCCACCUUCGUGCUCUGCGGGGGCCUGCUCGUGGCCAUGAAGAAGAUGAAGAAGAUGAAGGAGGAAAAGCUGGAGAAAGAACGGAACCGAGGUAUUGGGAAACCACUCCUGGGAGGGCCCUUCUCACUUGUAAAUCAUGAGGGACAGCCCAAGACCAACAAGGACUACAUUGGCCAGUGGGUGCUCAUCUACUUUGGCUUCACCCAUUGCCCUGAUAUCUGUCCUGAUGAACUGGAGAAAAUGAUUGAAGUAGUAGAAGAAAUUGAUGGAAUUCCAUCUUUGCCAAAUUUGACCCCACUCUUCAUCACCAUUGAUCCUGAAAGGGACAGUGAAGAAGCUAUGGCCAGAUAUGUUAAAGAAUUUUCUCCUAAACUGAUUGGAUUGACGGGCACCAAAGAGCAGAUUGGGCAAGUGGCCAAAGCCUACCGUGUAUAUUACAGUGAAGGUCCCAAAGAUGAAGACAAUGAUUACAUAGUGGAUCACACAAUCAUAAUGUAUCUCCUUGGACCAGAUGGUGAAUUUGUGGACUAUUACGGCCAGAAUAAGAGGAGUGCUGAGAUUUCUGCUUCUAUUGCUGCACACAUGAGAAAAUACAGAUCGUAAACGCGAAGAUUUUUCAAAGACUGAUGCAAACAUCYGCUGUAGGCUUGGCUGUAAUUGUGUAUUGUGUCCAGUGGAGUUACCAUUAUUAAAAACUGGUAAAACAGCCCGAAUGUCAUUUGCAGCAAGAUUUCAGCCGUGAGAUGAAGCUUGGGACUGUUGUGAAACAUUUGUUGGGAACAAAAAAUGGAAAACACUUUUCAUUUGGAAGGGACUCUGUAUCACUGGUAGAAUUACUUUGAAUCUUUUGGGCAAAUAUCGGAGAAGGAUGUUGGCCAUAGGAAGGUGAUUACUUGAUGAAAAGCCAUGUAAGCCAUGGCAUCCUCAGAGGAGCCCUGCUGCUCUUCUUAUUUCUGCACUAUAUUGCCUGCUGGCAGAGGCACUGUAGCAGAAAGCCUUAAGAGUGCUCCUUUAUUUAGGUUCAGAAGAUGGAGAGCACUGAAAUCAUUAGCAGCUUGCACAUAUGGGACUAGCCCUGUAAUCUGCUUAAUCUUCCCAAUUUGAAUACAGAAGUGAAAAAUUUCUUUGACAAUUUUCCCCUUUAUUAAUUUAGUUGUAAAGGAAAAGAAUAUUGGAAUGCAAGUAUGUUUUUCUACUGGUCUAAAUGGUUUUGACUGUACUCUGAGCCUGACUUGUGCUAYGCUGAAUAGUGAAGUGAUCGGGAUAAAGAGGGUCUGUUUCCAUGCAUAGGGCUGUCAAUCAGAUAAAUUUAAUGCAAUGCUGCAUUUGAAAAUAAAAGAUUACU